CCCCGGCACGCCGCCGGCACGCCGCCACCCGCCGGGCCGUGCCACGGAGGAGCCGCCCCCCGAGCCGGGCGACGAGCCCCCGCCGGAGCCCCCCAGCAGCACCCAUGGGAGCCCCCCGGAGCCCCCCGGGCAGGCGGCCGAGGCCGAGCCGGCGCCCGCGGCGCUGGCCAACGGUGGCCACGGGCAGCGGGCCGAGGCGCAGCGCUUGGCCGCCCGCCUCUUCCACCUGGACGGCUUCAAGAGGUCCCAGGUGGCCACCUUCCUCCGGAAGAACAACGACUUCAGUGGCAUGGUGGCCCAGGAGUACCUGGCUUUCUUCCAGUUCGGCGGCCAGACGCUGGACCGGGCGCUCAGGUCCUUCCUGCAGGCCUUCGUGCUGACGGGCGAGACGCAGGAGCGCGAGCGCAUCCUGGGCCACUUCUCGCGGCGCUACCACCUCUGCAACCCCGACACCUUCCCCUCGCCGGACGCCGUGCACUCCCUCACCUGCGCCAUCAUGUUGCUGAACACGGACCUUCACGGGCAGAACGUCGGCCGCGCCAUGACCAGCGCCGAGUUCGUGGCCAACCUCGGCGGCAUGAUGGACGGGCAGAACUUCCCCAAGGAGCAGCUCAAGGCCCUCUACAACUCCAUCCGCAACGAGAAGCUGGAGUGGGCAGCGGACGAGGAGGAGCACGAGGGCACCCUGCGGCAUCGCCUGGCGCCCGCUUCGGCCAGCCGGAAAAAAAGCAACCCCUUUGUGGAGCUGCCGCGCGACGCCGCCGCCGCCACGUACCGGCAGGGCUUGCUGGCCCGCAAGGUCCACGCCGAGGCCGACGGCAAGAAAACGCCGUGGGGCAAGAGAGGCUGGAAAACCUUCCACACCGUGCUGAAGGGGAUGGUGCUGUAUUUCCUCAAGGACGAGAGCCGGCCAGAGGCGCCGGGCUCCGAGGAGCCGCUGGGUGUCCACCACGCUCUGGCCGAGCGGGCCAGCAAGUACACCAAGCGCCCCAACGUCUUCCGCCUGCAGACGGCCGACUGGCGCGUCUUCCUCUUCCAGGCCCCGAGCUCCGAGGAGAUGUCCUCCUGGAUCUCCCGCAUCAACCUGGUGGCCGCCCUGUUCUCCUCGCCGCCCUUCCCCGCCGCCGUCAGCUCCCAGCGCAGGUUCAUCCGGCCCAUCCUGCCCGCGGCGCCCAGCCGCAGCGCCCCGGAGGAGCAGCACCGCUCCCACGAGACGUGGAUGGACCAGUUCGCUGCGGAGCUGUUCGAGCAUCAGCGCAACCUGCCCGACAAGCGGGGCCGAGCCCGCGACCUCGACGAGUACCGCUCGAAGAAGGAGUACCUGCUCUACGAGAAGCGCCGCUACGAGACCUACGUGCAGCUGCUGGAGACGUGGAUCAGCGCCGGCGCCCGGGAUUUGGACGCGUGGGAGGCGCACGUGGGACCCGUGGACGCGCCGCCGGAGCCGCCCGGCCUCACCAAAGCCCACUCGAGCCCCUCGCUGGCUCCCGAGACGCCUCCCGCCGGCAUCCGCGUCAAGCGCAACAUCUCCGAGCGCCGCACCGUCCGCAAGAUCGUCCCCAAGCGCAACAAGAACCUGCUGUGAUGGAUUUUGGGGGGUGAGAGAAAAGCGAGGAGCUGGGGACAGAGGCAGGGGGUGUCACACACGCACCCCCAGCCUUGCCCCCCCCCCCCACGCCGCGGUACGAGGACGUUCCCCCCUCUGCCCGCCGCUGGGCUCGAACCGGCGGCCCACGGGCAGCGCCGUGCUGUUGAGCCAGCCAAGGGGGGUGGUGGUGGUGGGGAACGUUGCUGUUUUAUGGGGCUCCCCCCCUCCCCACUUCCUAAUUAAGGACUGAAACUCAGGGAGAUCCCCCCCCAGGGCUCUGCCCUGGGGGGAAGGACAUUUUUUUGGGGGGGGGGGGAUCGUGGUACCCCCGGCCCGAGCCGAGCUUCGCCGCCGCCGCCGCGUCCCCUCGCCGCCGCCUGCUGCUUUCGGGCACGUCGGGCUCAGAGCCCCGGCGCCCUUGUGCAAUAAAAGGGGAAAAUGCUGGACCUCCGCUUGCUGAGAGGGCCCAGGCGUCCGGGCCACCCCGGUCUCCCCCUCACCCCCACCCCACCCCCUUUACCAGGCAGGUGGUGCAAUAGUCCCUUGAAUUUUGGCUCACGCCAGGGCUGGACCAGCAGCCUGUGGCCGAGAGCGAAACGGCAGAGCGCCGCGAAGCGGGAGCUCCCCGACCUCUUUAGAGCUGGCUGAUACCCCAGAACAGGGCCUUAACGUUCUCUCCUUUGCAAAAAAAAAAAAAAAAAAAAAAAAAAAAAAAAAAAAAAGGAAUUUUUUUUUUUAAUAGACCUGUGCAAAAAAACCAAAACAACAACAACAAAAAAAAGAGAGUAAUAUAAUUUAGUCUCAGCCUCCACGUUGCUUAUUUGCGCCGAAGCACCCCGCAAGCAGGGUGUUGCUCCUGCGCCCUCUCUCUGCCACGAUGAGCUUCCACUUAACGGGGUUAUUUUUAAUUAAGGGUGAGGGGAGCGUCCACCCCCCCCCCCAACAGCUCAUUCCUCCGCCACUUGUCCUAUCCUGGGCAGUUGCAACAAAACGCCCUCGCCGG